GAACGACAAAGGUACUUCCUGCACAACUUCCUUGGCUCCAAACGUUGACAGACUGAACAUUUACCGCUAUUUGAAUUUCAAACCUGGCCCUUGCCUCUGAUCCCUCAUCAUGAUGCGGUACUGGGGUGAGAUUCCAGGACCAGCGGGAGCUCCCCCAAGUCGCAGCUCCUUUGACCUGCUCCAGCGCGAGUUCCGUUCUGUAGAGAUGCAGGACCCUCCGCUUCACCAGCCAUCAGCCCAGCGACCACGACCGACCACCAUGUUGGACAUCCCCUCAGAGCCUUGCAGCCUCACUAUCCACACGGUUCAGCUGUGCCAACAUGUUCGCCGUCUUCGUGGCCUUCUGGCAGCGGCUCAGGCCCAGGCUCAGGGUCAGAGCUCAGGGCUGUCUGAGGGGGUCAGCAAGUUGGAGGAGGCUGAUGCCAAUCUGCCCCUGCGUCCUCCCACACCUCCUGUCAUGCCAGAUGACCUGCUGCCUGUGGAUAGCAAAGCCCCUCGGCAGCCUUUCCAGCUCCGCCACAGUGACCCAGAAAGUGACUUUUAUAAAGGUAAAGGUGAGCCUGUCACAGAACUCAGUUGGCCCUCCUGCAGGCAACUCCUGUAUCAGUCAGUAGCCACCAUCUUGGCCCAUGCUGGCUUUGAGUCAGCCCAGGAGAGUGUACUGGAGACACUCACUGACCUGGCCCAUGAGCAUUACCUUCGCCUAACACGUCUGCUGCGAGUGGCAGUGGACCGGGAGGCUCGACUGGGAGCAAGUCCCUUCCCAGAUGUGGUGGAGCAAGUGUUCCAUGAGGUUGGCAUCGGCAGCGUGCUGGCCCUGCAGCGCUUCUGGCAAGUGCGGAUCAAAGACUAUCACAGCUACAUGCUGCAGGUGAGCAAGGAUCUGUCUGAAGAGUAUGAGCGCCUGGUGAACCCGGAGAAGGCUCUGGAAGACUCCAAGCCCCCAAGAAUCAAGGAGGAGCCCAUGAGCGACAUCUCCUUUCCUGUUAGUGAGGAGCCUGAGGCUGACCUGGCCUCUGGGGACCAGGCUCUGCCCAUGGGGGUCCUCGGGGCCCAUGGUGAGAGGUUGGCAUCAGGCCUGGAUGGAGACCAUUCCCCUCACACUUCAGGUGGAGGCGGGGCUAACAACUCCCCACUGUGGCCACAGGUAAAAAUGGAGCCGCAAGACGGCGAGGAAAGCCAGGGCACUGGACAUCAUCACCACCACCACCAUCACCACGGGGUGCUGGGUGGAGACGUGUUCGAGGAGGGCGGGCCCAUGUCAACUAUGAGCGAGUCAGGAGGAGCCAUGGCACCCUCUCCUGGAGGAGGAGCGUCUGACGGCAGCUACGCUUCACAUUCACCUGACUCAUUAAUGGGGACUUCGCCUGUCUUCAACCAAAGACCAAAGAAACGGGCAAAGAAGCUGUGAGGCUCUGAGGAGUGGACUCAAAAUCAUUUUUUUACAUGUCAGUUUUCUUGAAUUAAAAACCAUUGAUGUGACAAAAAAAAUAAAUUGUAAAAAUACAGCUAGUGUUUGCUGAAUUGUACAGACAUUUGCUGAACUAAACUGCAAGAAGGAAGAAGUAAAUUUUGUAGUUUUUUUAUUUGUUUGUUUGAGCAUAGUUUAUCUCAAAAUAGUGGAAAUAGUUGCCAUUGAUACAUUCAGUUUUUCUUUUCAGAAGAAUAAACAUAUUUUGCUCAGAGGAA